AACUACGCCCACAAAUGAUCAAAAGGGAUACCGAAGAAAAAUGCUCAAAUACUAAUUUAAGGGAACUACAGCAAGUCAAACAUGGCCGAGGAAACUUAAAGAACGGAGACAAUCCGAUUCAGGAAAAAAAAAUGGAAGAAUCAAAAUUCUGAUCUCUAAGUACCGAGCAAGGGAAGGGGUUAGUACCGGUUUCCAUUUUGGGUCGAGUGUUACACGUCUCGAUUGAGACAGUAUCAGAAGACCUAAUUGUAGAAGAUGCUUCAAAUUUUGAUUUUACGUUCCUUUGGAAUCCUCCUACUGCUCUGGGUUUUACUUCCUUCUUCAAUUCACAUCGUAGACGGCGAUGAAGACUACGGAACCCAGCUUUUAAGCGCAGCAAAAGAAGACAAAGAUUGGUUGAUUUCAAUAAGAAGGAAGCUCCACGAGUACCCUGAACUCCUUUUCCAAGAACACAACACCAGCGCCCUUAUUCGCAAUGAGCUCGAUAAACUUGGCGUUUCUUACACAUACCCGAUUUCCAAGACUGGUUUUGUAGCUCAAAUUGGCACCGGGUCUCCUCCUAUUGUAGCUCUUCGAGCUGACAUGGAUGCCCUCCCUUUGCAGGAGCUGGUUGAAUGGGAACAUAAGAGUAAAAACGAUGGUGUAAUGCAUGGAUGUGGGCAUGAUGCUCACACAACCAUGCUCCUUGGUGCUGCUAAGUUACUUAAUCAGAGAAAAGACAAUCUAAAGGGAACUGUUCGAUUGAUUUUCCAACCUGCUGAGGAAGGAGGUGCAGGUGCAUCCCAUAUGAUAAAAGAAGGUGCUUUAGGUGAUUCAGAGGCCAUAUUUGGAAUGCAUGUUGAUUAUACAAUUCCUACAGGAACCAUUGCCACCCUUUCAGGACCUAUGUUAGCUGCUGUAUGCUUCUUUAAAGCUAAGAUAGAAGGUAAAGGUGGUCAUGCUGCUGAACCUCACAACAGUGUGGACCCUAUACUUGCUGCAUCAUCAACGGUUUUAGCCUUGCAACAAUUAAUCUCAAGAGAAUUAGAUCCCCUCCAAAGUCAAGUGCUAUCAGUUACUUAUGUUAGGGGUGGAAAUGCAUCGAAUGUUAUUCCACCAUAUGUUGAAUUAGGGGGAACACUCAGGAGUCUCACUACUAAAGGUUUGCAACACCUUCAGCAACGGGUGAAGGAGGUGAUUGAAAAACAGGCAGCUGUUCAUAGAUGCAAAGGUACAGUUGAUAUGAUGGAGGAUGAAUACCCUCCAUAUCCAGCCACCAUUAAUGACGAGAGCUUGAAGCAGCAUGUGGACAUGGUGGGUUCAAUGGUGCUUGGUUCAAAUGGAGUGAAGGUGGCUAAGAAGGUGAUGGCUGGAGAGGAUUUUGCUUUCUAUCAGGAAGUGAUUCCUGGAGUCAUGUUUGGAAUUGGAAUCCGUAAUGAGGUUGUUGGUUCAGUUCAUUCCCCACACUCUCCUUAUUUCUUUCUUGAUGAAGAUGUCCUUCCCUUUGGUGCAGCUUUACACACUGCUAUUGCAGAGUUAUAUCUCAAUCAACGUCAAACCCCUUUCACUGUGUAAAAAGGUAUAUAAUUUUAAUUAUGACAGUUGCUAAAAGAUUCUCUGUAUUGGGAUAUGAUGUAAAUGUAUAUAGAGUAAUACAUGUCCUUUUGUCUUGAA